AUGGGUGAUCGGGCCUACGCAUUAGAGAUGGCUAAGCUGCUUGAUCCAAAGGGACAAUAUUUCCAUUCUAAGGCAUGGAUGAAACAUAAGGAUAAUUUGAUACUGAUGGAAAGAUAUCAUUUUUUUGCUUCAAGUUGGCGGCAGUUUGGUUUCAAUUGCCGAUCUCUUGCUGAGUCAAGGAGUGAUGAAUGUGAAUCUGAUGGAGUACUCGCAAGAAUUCUUAAUGUUCUCAAGCAAGCUCAUCAUACAUCCUUUGAUGUUUUGAGAACUCUUAAAAGUGAUGUCUUGAAGGGAUGCGUGCUCGUAUUCAGUCGAAUUGUUCAUGUUAUGUUACCGGCUCUUCAGAAGAUAGCAGAACAGAUGGGUGCCAUAUGUUUGACAGAAGUUGCCUUCUCAGUGACACGUGUGGUUGGACCUGACGUGGGAACAGAGAAGGCACGUUGA